CACACACAACCCUAGCUUCCAAUUAUCUUCACUUCAAAGACACAAUAACGCUCGCACUCUUCUCUGUCUCCAACGCCUCUCCUCUCUCUCUCUCUCUCUCUUCCAUGGUCUCAAUCUUCCUAUCAUGCCUUCCCUUCCAAAGUUCCACUUCUCCCUCUCAAGUGAUCUCAGAUUUAUUGGGCUAUUCAUCUCCAAGAAUUCCUCAAAUCGCAACAGCGACAGCGACACCAGCAACCACAGCAACGGCAUUAAUGAUGACAACCCUAUCUCCAACUCCGUCGAAUGUUACGCUUGCACCCAAGUCGGCGUGCCGGUCUUCCACUCCACCAGCUGCGACCACGCCCACCAACCCGAGUGGGAGGCCUCGGCUGGCUCUUACCUAGUCCCCAUCAAGAACCGCCCUGACCGCAAGAAACAGACGCAGGGACCAGGCCCACGGCGCCCUCCAUCGGGGCCGUUCGGGCGCGUGCUGGACCCGCGAAGCAAGCGCGUGCAGCGGUGGAACCGAGCGUUCCUGCUUGCACGUGGGAUGGCCCUGGCGGUGGACCCGCUGUUCUUCUAUGCGCUGUCGAUCGGGAGGGGUGGCGCGCCAUGCCUCUACAUGGACGGCGGGCUGGCAGCGAUAGUGACGGUGCUCAGAACUUGCGUGGACGCCGUCCAUCUAUGCCACCUCUGGCUCCAGUUUCGGCUGGCGUACGUGUCGAGAGAGUCGCUGGUGGUAGGGUGCGGGAAACUGGUGUGGGACGCACGUGCGAUCGCAUCUCACUACGUGCGGUCCCUAAAGGGCUUCUGGUUCGACGCAUUCGUCAUCCUCCCAGUUCCUCAGGCUGUAUUUUGGUUAGUAGUACCGAAACUGAUAAGAGAGGAGAAGAUUAAAGUGAUAAUGACAAUACUUCUACUCAUUUUCUUGUUCCAAUUCCUCCCAAAGGUCUACCACAGUAUUUAUUUGAUGAGAAAAAUGCAGAAAGUCACAGGCUACAUCUUUGGCACCAUUUGGUGGGGUUUUGGCCUUAAUCUCAUUGCCUAUUUCAUUGCCUCUCACGUUGCUGGAGGAUGCUGGUAUGUCCUGGCAAUACAACGUGUAGCAUCAUGCCUCCGACAGCAGUGUGACAGAAGUGACAACUGCAAUCUCUCUUUGUCUUGCUCCGAGGAGGUUUGUUACCAGUUUCUGUUGCCGACAGGUACACUAGGAAAUCCAUGUGGUGGUAACUCGACAACGAUGGUCAGAAAGCCAUUGUGCUUAGAUGUUAAUGGCCCUUACAAUUAUGGGAUCUACCAGUGGGCUCUUCCAGUCAUUUCUAGCAAUUCUGUCGCUGUUAAGAUCCUUUAUCCAAUAUUUUGGGGCUUGAUGACCCUCAGCACGUUCGGCAACGAUCUUGAGCCUACAAGUCACUGGCUGGAAGUGAUUUUCAGCAUAAUCAUUGUGCUUAGCGGGCUGAUGCUUUUCACUUUGUUGAUAGGGAAUAUCCAGGUAUUCUUGCAUGCCGUCAUGGCAAAGAAGAGAAAAAUGCAACUGAGAUGUCGGGACAUGGAAUGGUGGAUGAGUCGGAGACAGUUACCCUCUCGUUUGAGAUCAAGAGUUCGCCAUUUCGAACGUCAGAAAUGGGCCACCAUGGGAGGUGAAGACGAGAUGGAAAUGAUCAAAGCCCUUCCCCAAGGCCUUCGAAGAGACAUCAAGCGCUAUCUUUGCCUAGACCUCAUAAAGAAGGUUCCUCUAUUCCACAACUUGGAUGAUCUCAUUCUUGACAACAUCUGUGAUCGGGUCAAGCCUCUUGUAUUCUCUAAAGAUGAAAAGAUAAUCAGAGAAGGAGAUCCUGUUUUAAGGAUAAUGUUCAUCGUUCGUGGACGUGUAAAACGCAGCCAAAGCCUAAGCAAAGGCAUGGUAGCAACGAGUAUACUUGAACCUGGAGGCUUUUUGGGGGAUGAGCUCCUCUCCUAUUGCCUUCGCCGCCCAUUUAUCGACAGGCUUCCUGCCUCAUCUGCAACAUUCAUUUGCAUUGAACCUACAGAAGCAUUUGGCCUUGAUGCUGAACAUCUUAGAUAUAUUACAGAUCAUUUCCGCUACAAAUUUGCCAAUGAACGACUCAAACGAACAGCAAGAUAUUAUUCAUCAAAUUGGCGGACAUGGGCUGCUGUUAUUCUGCAGUUAGCUUGGCGCCGGUACAGGAAGAGGACGAGGGGUCCGGUGAUUCCUGCCACCACUAUAAAUGAAGGCAGUGAGCGUAGGCUUCUGCAGUAUGCUGCAAUGUUCAUGUCAAUAAGGCCCCACGACCAUCUAGAAUAAAUUCGUGUCUGUAAUAAUUCUUAUUUCUUUUACCUUUUUUUUUGGGUUCGUCGGCCCCUCCUAUGACAUGUCAAUAAAAAUCUUGUUUGUGUCAAGCAUGGCAAUCGCGUUGAAUGUAAAAAAAUCAGAGUUAGACAAUUACUUCUUCCUCUUAA